AACCUUAAAGUUAAUCAUCAUCUGGGUUCCCCCUAUGGCUUCAUGGCUUCUUCAGUCUGCAUUUACACAUAUCUUGUGGUACCCAAAGGGCACUAAAAUGCAGAGCGGUAAGAUGAUGGGGCACCCAGAUGGGGUUGGGAAGAGCCCAAAGUGCCUAAAGGAUGGCGAUGAUGUAGUGGAGAAGUGUAUUUCAGGGUUCCAGAUGCCUCUUCAUUACCCUAGGUACACUAAGGCAGACUAUGGGAAGAUGGAGGAGUGGAAGGUGGACAUGCUUCUAAGGGAGUAUGGGCUGACUUUUAAGGGUACCCUCGAGGAGAAAAGGGCAUAUGCAAUGGGGGCAUUCUUAUGGCCUGAUCAAGUUUGAUCAUCAAACCAUUCCUCUUCUUCGAAAUAUAUCAUGGCCAUGCAUAUAUUUUCGGGUUCAAAAUGGGGAGGCUUGUGUAAAUUAGAUGUUAAAUGUAUUGUAUGAUGUUCCAUGUCCAUGUUUGGUGUAUUUGGUCGAUUGGCAUCUAAGAAGAAGCAGGAUUACACAUAAAUGGUAAUGUUUCAUGUAUUUUAUGUGGGUUCUUUUAGAUCA